UCCUCUUGCAUUAUCGAUUUUACUGAAAUUUUUAAUAUAGCUCUUUCUUGGUUCCGCUGGUUUGCUAUUGGAGAAAUGCCAAAAUCUGACUCAACUGCGCUUGGUAACGACUCGGUUCAGUUUCAAAAAAUUUGGAUACCUGGAGAUGGAAGGUGUUUGUUUCGGUCUGUGGUUCAUGGAGCUUGUCUCAGGUCAGGUAAACCAUCUCCAAGCGAGAGCCUUGAGAAAGAACUAGCAGAUGAGCUACGAGCUAAGGUGGCAGAUGAAUUUAUUAAAAGGCGCAGGGAUACUGAAUGGUUUCUUGAAGAUGAUUUUGACACCUAUGUUGGACAAAUGAGACAGCCCCAUGUCUGGGGAGGGGAGCCUGAGCUGCUUAUGUCCUCGCAUGUUCUAAAGAUGCCAAUCACAGUAUAUAUGAGGGACAGAAAUUCUAGUAGCCUAAAAAUUAUUGCUGAAUAUGGUCAAGAGUAUGGCAAGGAAAAUCCCAUCCGGGUAUUGUACCAUGGGUAUGGCCACUAUGAUGCAUUGCAGACUCAGAUUGCUAGUUCACAAUCCAACCAGUGCAAGAAAAGAUGAACAAAUGGUUUCUUUUCUAACAAUGCUUAACUGUAAGCUAUUAUGCUGUAGAAUUUCUGGUUUCAUAUCUGAAGAUUUUAACUUAUUCCUUCAUGGAUUUGAAUGAUGCAAUUGUACUCCAAAAUGUAAAAAGAAGUCGAUGAACUGAUUAGAUGGGUGUCAAUAAAUAAGUAUCCCCGACUCUGAAAAGAUAAUUGUUCAUUUGAGCUUCUUUUGUGACCCUGUAACCUGUAGGGCUGAACUGCUUGAACCUCAUGCUGAACCCAGGUUGCUUGGUGAUGGAUAUGUGACCCUUGAACUGAGAAAGGAGACCGAGUCUAGCUAAAACUUCCAUUGACGUUUGGAUUCAGCUAUAGUUAUAUAUGGAUUAGCUGUAAUCGGUAGAUUGAAUUAUGAAUUGUUACAUGAAAGGAUAAGCAUCAAACAAGGGAAAUGGUGAUGAGUUCCGAAUUCUAUUAAGACACUAAUGAAAUUCAUAUGGUAGUCCACCUGCACUGGAGUUU